AUGCCGGUAAGACAGUCCACAUCGACUGUCGAAUUAAUUGAACCCGAAGCUGAGAGUGAUCGGAAUGUUACCCCUUUAAAUGGACAGCCUUUUCACAAUCAUAUAGGGUCGUCUGAUUCAUUUGUAAAUCAACAUAUAGCGGUAAUGAAUCGUUUCUGUUCUCAGAAAUCGGUUGAAACUUCACUUUUGAGUCAAACUCCAAAAAAGAAAGGUGUAACUGCGCGUGCACUGUUGAGAAGUAUUCAAGAAGGCCAGUCGAACUGGAUUCGUUCAGAACCCUCUCAGGAAUCGCAUGGAAGGAAGAAUUCAUCGCAAAGGGAUAAUUACAAUUGUACUCAGUAUGAAACACCAAAAUUCUCAUCUACUCAAAAUCAUAGUGAUCUGUUAAGCAUGAACAAAGCCGAUUCAGAACGAGCUUAUCGUGAACAUCAAAAUGUUAAUCGGCGUUCGUUUUAUUGUAUACUUUUAUUCAUGCGUUUUGGAUAUUGGUAA